AUGAACAUGUUGGACGUAGAAGACGACAGCUUUCACGUCAUACGUGAAGGCUACUACCAUCUGAGUGACUCAGAGUGGGGGGUAGUCGGCCGCAUGAGUGUGCUCUUGGGCGAACCCGCGAUCAGUGGUAUGUUGGAGUCUCGAAGCAGAGACCAGCAACACGCUGCUAUCAACAAGUUCCUGCAAGGGGAACUUGCUAUCGAAGGACAAAAGAUAGCCUUGCUUCACCAGCAAGGCUCUCAUCAAUCGACGGGUGGUCCGACGCACAUGCGUCGACCCGAGACCUUGAAGAUUGAUAUCUUAAGAUAUAAGGGAAUCGAUGAAGAUUCCCUUUUGAGAUGGUUCGUCCAGUUAGACGAUGCCAUCAGGGCCCGUCACAUCGAGGGUGACGAGAUGCAAGCCACCUUCGCCCUGUAA